AAAAAAUCAAAUAUUUAGAAAAAAAAUUUUCUUUCCCUACAACAUUUACAACUCGAUCAGAUAGAGGGAAGGCUAUAAUAUUCAACACUACAAGAUGAAACUCCUGAUUACUACUCUCCUACUUCUGACGUUUGCAUCAACAAUGAACUGCCAUGGAGGUCAUUGUGGAGGACAUUCUUCUGGCUGGGGAUGUUAUGGAGGUCAAACAGGAGGCCAUUAUUCCGGUUGGGGGUGUUCUGGAGGUCAACCAGGAGGCCAUUCUUCUGGCUGGGGAUGCCACGGAGGUCAGCCAGGAGGUCAUUCUUCUGGUUGGGGGUGUUCUGGAGGUCAAUCAAGGGGGUCAACAUCCGGCUGGGGAUGUCAAGGUGGUCAACAAGGUGGUCAAUGCCAAGGCUACUAA